GAACACACACACACACAUACACUCGAAUACAUAUAAGGUCUCAGCAGCCUCACAUCAGUUGGUCUUCAUCCAUCCCAACAUGGAGGAAGUCUACAUCCGACACGUGAAGUUGCUCGGCUUCGAGAAACGCUUUUACCCAAGUCAGCACUAUGUCUACAUGCUGAUGGUGAAGUGGACCGACCUCUCGGAGAAACUGAUUUUCAGGACAUACCCUGAAAUCUACACUUUCCAUAGAUCCCUGAAAGAUAUGUUUCCUAUCGAAGCCGGCCAAAUAGAAAGGAGGGAUCGAAUCAUUCCAUCGUUGCCAGCACCGCGGUGGGUGGAGAGCCAAAGGUCUCGGGAAAGCAAGCAGAGCACGUUGACCGAGUACUGCCUGUCGCUCAUCGCGCUGCCGCCGCACAUCUCACGCUGUGCGCACCUCAACGUCUUCUUCAAAGUGCGACAAGAGGACGAAAAUCCACCGGCUCCAAACACAGGGAAAAAAAGUGAAAUCUUCUUGGAGACCAAAGUCAGCAACAACAUAUCUGAGAUUUCUGGGCCCAUCAUACUGGACUCGUACAGAGUGAUCGCAGACUUCACCAAGACGUCCAAACACGAGCUUAACCUGCGCACAGGAGACUUGGUGGAAAUCGUGGAGAAAAAACAGAAUGGCUGGUGGUUCUGCCAGUGUGAGACUAAACGAGGUUGGGCUCCUGCCACCUACCUGGAACCCCUUGACGGACCUGAGGAGGCAGAGGAUGUGGAGCCAAAUUAUGAAGGAGAAUUGCACGUAACAGUCCGAGCCUAUAAGGCGGAGACGGACGAUGAGAUCUCACUGGAAAUGGGAGAAACCAUUGAGGUCAUUCACAAGCUUUUGGACGGCUGGUGGGUUGUCAGGAAAGGCGAGGAAACCGGUCACUUCCCCUCCAUGUUCCUGCACAAAGCAGGCAAAGGAGCCAAAUAUGAAUAUGACGCCAAGCAACCGCAGGGACAGAAACCUCCUCCUCGCAGGUCCACCAUUAAGAAUGUCAAGAGCAUCCACCAGCGAGCCCGACAGAGCCUCAGCCAGGAAUCCUACCGCAGGAACAGCCGCCGAUACCUGCAGCAGAAGGGCGGACGCCCCACCGCCUCACCCCGGAAAUCCAAGAUCCCGGAAAAUUCGCCCUUGAGGGAGCGGAAAAAUCAAGGGAACAUUCCUGAGCAACGGAGCUUCAGUUCCGGGAGCAAGCUGAAGCCAGAGCCCCCGGUGAUCCCGCCGCGACCAAGCCCCGAGCUCAUCCUGGAACGCUGCACCGACAACACCCGCAAAAAAGUCAGCAUCCGCAACAGCAGCUAGUGUGGAACCGCAGCUGGCGUCCCCCAAGGUUCCCCCAUGCGCCUCCCACCACUCCUACAAGUUAUCUCUUCUUGAGCUAAUUUAUUUAAUGCUCCCUCAGUUGUGGUGAAGCAUUCAUUGAUUGUUAAGUUAUUGGUGAAUCCUCCCAUUUUAUCAUUUUUUUGUUUAAAAAACUACAUGAAAAUUGUAAAUAAAUUACAGUUCACAGUGAUUCCCAAACUUGCGCAAGAUUCUUAGCAAUUAUCCAACUUCAUUGAUUUGGACCCAAUAUUAUUAACAAUGUAUCUUUUUUCAACUAUAUACUAUGCCAGCAAUGUAUAGUGACAGGCAGAACGACUGAAUGCUCUUCCACUAAAUGGCAAAAGGUACAAUAAACCUAACCGAACUGG